CCGAUCAUCCAUUUGGUUCAAAGUGCUGAAAACAAAAUGUGACAGGAGUAGGUUCUUGCACAACCAGAAUGUUGUUGACACAAAGAUAAGCACACGUGUACCCGAGCUCAUCCUGAAUAUCGGCACACUGUGGAACUUCCUGAGGCUAAUGUGCUAAAAAUCCAUUUCGUAAACCACACAAUUACAGUUUUGUGCUAAAACUAUUGACCUAUUUUGAAUUUCACUCUUCAGUGCACAUGAGUGCAUCCAGACUGCAGCUGCUGAAGGGUCAUAUUCUGCCUGAAAAUAAGACACAGACAAUGACAGGUCCUCCAAGUCCUCUGACCACCCAUGUGCUGAACACUGGCAGGGGGGUCCCUGGGUCAAACAUGGCCCUCAGUCUUUUUCGACAAAACCCCUCCAACAAGGCCUGGGAGUUGAUAACUGCUGGGACGACUAAUGACGAUGGACGAUGCCCAGGACUGAUCACAAAAGAACUGUUUACCACUGGUGUUUAUAAAAUGCAUUUUGAGACCGAGCAGUACUGGACAAGCAUAGGAGAAACCUCAUUUUACCCCUAUGUGGAGAUUGUCUUCACGAUCACAGACCCUGGACAGAAGUACCAUGUCCCUCUGCUGCUGAGUCGGUUCUCCUACAGCACCUAUAGAGGGAGCUAGAGAUCCUGAGUGACUCUGCUGACGGCCAAUAGAUUCACUGUGAGAGAAUGACAACAAACAAUAAAAUCUCAACAAGACAAUUCAUGGAAGUACUGAACAGCUACACACGGGGGAGAUUCAUUGAUUGAUUGGAAUUAUUCUGCAAUUAAACCAUUUUCACUUUGUAUAUGACUGGCUGUCCUUACCUGCUGUGAAAUGUUUCUUGAAGAUUCUGCUGCAAAAUCACUACUGUAUUAUUUCGUUGGUUUUGAAUCACAAUGUAUAUGAAAUACACAUUAAUAAAACAUUUAAUCACAUUUACUCUGAAAACCCAGCGGCAUCGUGACAUCAAUUUGUUGUUGAAGAGUGGUCAAGAUAUUGACUAUCAUCAUAAAGAGCCUACAAGCAUUGACCUUCUUCUGGUUGUAAGUCCAACCAAAAAAUCCAUCUCACAUUAAAUGACUGCAUCAUACCUUGUUAAUCAAUAUAUUUGACAUCAAAUUGACUGUGAUUUAAUGUCUGGAAACAAAGCAUUGAAUUGAUGUCCCUAUAAAACUUCUCAAGUUGAAGCAUUUUGGGAUGGGGGCAAUGCAUUUCUGUUCACUCGUGCGGUUUGUGUUAGACCUGUAGUCAGUCAGUUCUCUGAAGCACAUGAGCAGCUGCAUAGCUGUGGAGAUCGAUCCA